AAUUACAAAAACUAUGUACAUUGUUAUAUUAAUUGUAUUAUAUUAAUCUAUUAAUAAAAUAAUAAUUUCUUGCAGACUGGUAACAAACACUGUCUGCAGACCACACUUUGAGUAACACUGCUCUUCUGGACUAGGCUGCUAAGUUACUCUUUAUGUUACUGUUUAUGUUUUAUAUUGGGAAAAGAUAGACUUGUGCCCCUUCCCAUUUCUCACUUUAGAAUAAGGUGCAGAUUUUUACCUAACAGUGUGAAUCUAGGUGUUUAAGUAGUUUCAACCGCCUGACUCUUGAAUUUUCUUUAAAUCUGUGUGUGUUGAUUUUUAAAAGAUCCGUUUUCCCUUGAUCUGAAAUGUCUUCUGCCAUCAUUAUUUUUACUAAGCCAAGAUUGCUAGAGGCUUGUGAGCUUGUAAGAAAAAUUAGAAACUUUGUGGUAUAAGUUGCUUGUAAUCUGUUUUAUUAAAUUUUAAUAAAAUUUUAUUUUAUUAAAUUUCAUUUAUCUGUUGAGAAUCUCAGAAAUAAUGCUUUCAUGAAAAGUAACAAGUAUUUGCACGUGUUAUUUUAAUUUCUUGGUUUAGUCAUAUAAUUUUGUUAGCAUUUGUGUUUUCCAAUUGAGCUGUGGGGCAUUAAACAGUUUUUCUUAAGAGGUUCUUCACAGGCAGGUGUGAAUCGGUAUGUUGCUUCAUUUCUUUAAGCAGCAAUCUGUAGAUCUUAAUGUUCUCACCACAAUGUAUAAUUUUACAAAAAAUUGUAAUCGUAUAAGGUAAUGGAUGUGUUAACUGACCUUAUUGUGGUGACCAUUUUGCAGUAUAAACAUGUAUCAAAUCAUCGCGUUGUAUAACUUAAACUUACAUAGUGUUAUAUAUUGAUUAUAUCUAAAUAAAGCUGGAAAAAAAGUAAGCUGCAAUCUAGGCUUUAUAUCAAGGCUUGGUGAUAUUGCCAGCACUGCCUGUGAUUCUAGAAUGUCCCAGAGAUUAUUAGCAUUUGGUUUGGAGGGAGUAGAAAGUGAUAUUUAAGUCACAUUGAGGUUUUCUUCAACGUUGAUAAAAAUCAAAGAUAAAAUAUCUUUGGAUUCCACACAAGGUCUUUUUACAACAGUUCUUUUGUUUAUAUUGCUUAAAGCAAGUACUGUUAGUGGACAGAGAAGUUUAAAUUCUAACCUUUUUAUAUUCUUUGUAUUACCCAGUUAAAUAACUUUAAAAUUAUGUUUUUUGAAAGCUACCGUUGCAUGAUUUGUAUAAGUUAUAUGUGUAUUAGUGGAAAGAAAUGCAUACCGUCUUUGCCUGUUUUCCUUUAGGGUAAUUCCUCUCCUGCAAUUACUUUUGGAUGGAAGUAUGCACUUUUCCCAAUAGAAGAUGGUAAUCUCGGAGAAUGACCAUGGAGAAGGGGAUGAAUUCUGGAGAAGGGCUGCCUUCCAGAUCAUCUCAAGUUUCGGCUAUUAAAAUAACAACCAAAGAGUUGGAAACAAAGCAGUCCCAUAAAGAGAAGCGAGGGGGCUUUGUGUUGGUGCAUGCAGGUGCAGGUUAUCAUUCUGAAUCCAAAGCCAAGGAGUAUAAACAUGUAUGCAAACGAGCUUGUCAGAAGGCAAUUGAAAAGCUACAGGCUGGCGCUCUAGCAACAGAUGCAGUGACUGCAGCUCUGGUGGAACUUGAGGAUUCUCCUUUUACAAAUGCAGGAAUGGGAUCUAAUCUAAAUCUCUUGGGCGAAAUUGAGUGUGAUGCCAGCAUAAUGGAUGGAAAAUCAUUAAAUUUUGGAGCUGUUGGAGCACUGAGUGGAAUCAAGAACCCAGUCUCUGUUGCAAACAGACUCUUGUGUGAAGGGCAGAAGGGCAAGCUCUCCGCUGGCCGAAUUCCUCCCUGCUUUUUAGUUGGAGAAGGAGCCUACAGAUGGGCAGUGGAUCAUGGAAUACCCUCUUGCCCUCCGAACAUCAUGACCACAAGGUUCAGUUUAGCUGCAUUUAAAAGAAACAAGAGGAAACUAGAGCUGGCAGAAAGGGUGGAAACAGAUUUCAUUCAACUAAAGAAAAGAAGACAAUCAAGCGAAAAGGAGAAUGACUCAGGCACUUUGGAUACAGUGGGUGCUGUGGUUGUGGACCACGAAGGGAAUGUUGCUGCUGCUGUCUCCAGUGGAGGCUUGGCCUUGAAACAUCCAGGGAGAGUUGGACAGGCUGCUCUUUAUGGAUGUGGCUGCUGGGCUGAAAAUACUGGAGCUCAUAAUCCCUACUCCACAGCUGUGAGUACCUCAGGAUGUGGAGAGCAUCUUGUGCGCACUAUAUUGGCUAGAGAAUGUUCACAUGCUUUACAAGCUGAAGAUGCUCACCAAGCUCUGUUGGAGACUAUGCAAAACAAGUUUAUCAGUUCACCUUUCCUGGCCAGUGAAGAUGGAGUGCUUGGAGGAGUGAUUGUUCUCCGAUCUUGUAGAUGUUCUACAGAUCCUGACUCCUCCCAAAACAAGCAGACGCUUCUAGUGGAAUUUCUGUGGAGCCACACGACAGAGAGCAUGUGUGUUGGAUAUAUGUCAGCCCAGGAUGGGAAAGCCAAGACUCACAUUUCAAGACUCCCUCCCGGUGCGGUGGCAGGACAGUCUGUGGCCAUUGAAGGUGGGGUUUGCCGCCUGGAGAGCCCGGUGAACUGACCCUUCAGGCUGAGCAUGAAGCGUCUGAGAGACAUUUCAGAACCUGAGCUUUCGGGGUUUUUAACUCAAGUUGGAUGUUUUAUCUUCCUCAUUUUAUAAUUCCUAUUGCAGCCUGUGCACUGCUCACGACGCUAGUGCUGCUGUAGUUAGUUCUUAGUGAUGUGCGGGCCUUUGGCGGGUGAGCGGGACUGUGUGUGUGUGUGUGUGUGUGUGUGUGCGUGCGUGCGCGCUCGCGUGCGCGCGAUCAGAGUGUGUGCUUGCUUCUCCCUUGAUGAAACAGAAACUCCUCCUUAUCAUGUAACCUAAGACCAGGAAUGAUUAAAUCAUCUUUACAAAUGUGUGCUUUAACUGUUUACAAGUAAAACCUAAAGUUGCAGGAAAUAUUUUUUAUUUCAUAAAGAGGUACCAACUGUCGUUGAUGUAAUGUGUGUGAACUGAAGAGUAAAUCUACUUGUUUAAAUGAUUUGACAGUGGUAGUGCUCCAUUUAAUAACAGUAAUAAGUAAUAAAGUGUUUUUAUUUGCUAACCAGUUUAAGUGGAUCCUGUGGUAACUUAAACUGUUGUUCUCAUCCCUCAUAUGGGGCAUUUUUCUUUAACAAAGAAUGGUUUCAGUGAAACAAUCUAGCAGAGAAUUAAGGUCAGAACCUUUUUAAAUAAUAGUCUUAUUGAUAAAGUUUGUACUUCCUUCCUCAAGCUUUUCUAAGCUUAAAUACUGCAUAGCUUCGAGCUGUAUGUACUGUAUUAUGAAAUAAUAUGUAAAGAGAACAUACAGUAAUGCACAGUCCUUAAUUUGUGUAUAAUGGAAUGUUAUUUACAAUGUAACACUGUAAAUAAGAAAGCAAAAUUUAUGGGAAAAUUCAAUAUUAUCUUUGUUUCUUGUUUAAAUAUAUUUUUAAGAUAAAGGCACAAAAAUAAAAGAAGCAUAUUACUGGGUAUAGUGUGUGACUCCUCUUCUCAGACUAAUAAAUUAUCUUUUGAAUCUUA